AUGACUUCAAUCACGCCAUUCAAGAUUUCCAUCUCAGAUGAGAGACUCAAGCGAUUGCAGCAGAAACUCACAUUAACAGACCUGCCUUCUGAAGUGACUGGUCUCAACAAUCCUCAUUCGCGAGGCGUUCCUCUCUCUGAGAUCAAGCGACUAGCAUUUCACUGGCAGCACAACUUCAAUUGGCGAGCUAUUGAAGCCAAGAUCAACGAAAUUCCGCAAUAUACAGCCCAUAUUGCGGUCGAUGGCUUUGACACAUAUGAUAUUCACUUUGUCCAUGAGCGGAGUCAAAUUAAUAAUGCAAUCCCGCUUCUUGUCCUUCAUGGCUGGCCGUCCAGCUUCCUAGCAGUUCAGCCGAUGCUGCCCCUUUUGGUUGAAGAAGGUAUAGAUGAACCUGCGUUUCACGUGGUAGCACCUAGCUUGAUUGAUUUCGGGUUCUCAUCCGCAAGCAACAAAAGUGGAUUCAAUAUCGAACAACAUGCAGAAGCAUAUCAUAAACUCAUGAUUGCUCUCGGCUACAACAAAUACGUCGUCCAAGGCGGGGACAUUGGAUAUCUCAUUACUCGCGCUAUUGCCAUAAAAUACGGGCCUCAGCACUGUCGGGCCUACCACCUCAACAACGUGGCACCAGCUGAGCCUCCGAGUAAAGAAGACGAGCCCAGUACACAACUCAGCGCGAGCGAUCUAAAGGGUCUUGCACGCACCCAAGAAUUUACCACCGGCGGCGGGAACGCGUACUAUUUACUUCAAACCACCAAGCCUCAGACGCUAGCCUACAGUCUUACCGACAGCCCUCUAGGACUUUUGGCAUGGAUAUACGAGAAGCUCAUCUCGUGGACCGACAAUUAUCGAUGGACUGACGACGAGAUCCUGACCUGGGUCAGUAUUUACUACUUCUCCACGGCUGGGCCUGCGGCUUCUCUCAACCUGUACUAUGAGAUGGAACAUGGCGCUGAUGGAACAGCAUUUGAUAAGGCUAAGAAGUACAUUAGCGAUGUGCCUUUGGGUGUGGCUCGGUUUGAAAAGGAUCUGAUUCUACUGCCAAGGGCAUGGAAUCAGACGUUGGGACCUGUAGUAUGGGAAAGUGUAUCUGAGAAAGGUGGGCAUUUCCCUACGUGGGAGUGCUCAGAGGUUAUUGUUAGCGAUUUGAGAGGGAUGUUUCGAAAGAAUGGGAUUCUCUUUGGUUGUGUGGAGGGGAGAAAUGGAUACGCCCAUGCGGAGUAG